CGUCCCGUUUCGCGCACAUACGUUUUACGUGGGUUUCUGCGUCUCGUUUCUGGUGCUCGCUCGCGCCCCUUAGCUCCGUCUCUUUCUAUUUCCUCAUCGCGAACGACUGCUCCCACGAGUGCCACACACGGCGCAUCGUACGGCGAUGUCGUCCUCGGCGAAGUACACGUCGGACGAGCAACUGAGCGAGUCCUGGGUGGAGCUGGUGCCGGACCCGCCGUUGGCGUCCCGGAUAACGCCGACGCCAUUUAGCAUUACCGGCGAACGUGAAUACCUGCGACUUCUCAGGGAAGCACAGAGGGAUUCCACACAUUCGUCCGCGAAGCAUUCCCUGGCGUCCUCGCGCCGGGACACUCCGAGAGACAGCCCGAAGAGCCCUCCGAACAGCCCGAACACAGAACUCUCAACCGAAGAUGAACUCAAAGGAGUCUAUAUAAAUUACGGCUGCAACAAGGAGGGCGAGCUUCUUGAGAAGAACACAGACUGGAUUUACGAAUGGAGCUCUCGACCGGACCAGGCGCCUCCAAAAGAUUGGAAGUUCAAACACCCCUUGGGUAGUAAGAGGAAAACAUACAGCAUCCGCACCGCGAAGGUUGGCAAAAACGGAUUGUUUUCCAAGGAGGUCAUUUAUACUCUAUUCUUCACGAAUCUUCUGUCUCUGCUCAUUGGAACCGGUCUAGGUGUUUUGCUCACCAGGCGGGGCUUGAUAAUGUCCCGUGUCGCUGUUGAAUGAAGGACACGACUCCGGGUGUGUCAGCAUCAGGAUUGUCACGGUUGAAUCUCCGCUGAGAGAAAAGCUAGAGACGCAAGAAAGACUGAACAAGCCGGUGGGCGAUCGAGCCUAAAAACAGUUACACGCAGCACAUAAUUCGAUUGUCCCGAUUUAUAAUAUUAGCACUUUGUAUUAUAUAUUAGCACUUUUACUCCCCCAAACCCCCUUACUAUAUGGUGUACUUCUCAAAAAUUGCGUAUGCCAGAUAUAAAUAAUACGCAUUAUAUGCUUAGGAAAAGGGAAAGCUAAAAAAAGAGCAAAAGAGAUAGAAGAAAGGAAUCUAUCAUAUAUAACAUAGAGUUGUUGAAAGGAACAGAAAAAAAAUGAACGAAACAUGUCCAUUUUAUACCGUUUCUAAUACGUUUCUAUUUGCAAUAGUUCUUAGGCAUAGCUUGAAUAGUAUUUAUCAGAAAUUAUAAUUAUUGUUAGAAUGAAAAGAAUGGAGGCGAGAAUGAGAGCGAGAGCAAGAGAGAGAGAGGGGGGAGGGGGGGGAGAGAGAGAGAGAGCGAGAGAGACAGAGUAUGUUUGUUGUACGGAGGUGUCGGUAAGGAAAGUGCAAGAUUUAUCAAUGGAAAAGGAUCAGGAUUUAUCCUAAUGAUGAGAACAAUCUCGAAAAUGCUGCAGAACUCGUUUUGUUUAUACGAGGUAUAGGAAUCUUGUUGUAUUGCAGACGAGCAAGUUUUAAUGCUGUGAUUUGUUACGGUCCAUAGGAGGAAAUGUGCGUCAUGUCCAGUAAAUUCGAAACAGAACGCGAUUAAAUAUUACAUAAAUAAUAAGGCGAUGUCGAUCGAUUCCUUUUUUAAUUAUCGCGAGGCAAUUGUAAUGAUCGUCAUCUCGGUGGUGAUCUAAACGGUAACGAUAGUAGAGUUAAGUAUCGAUGCUGACGCCCACCGUCUCGUCGCCGACUACGAGCAGUAGCUGGAGGGAGGGACCACAUAUGCGAGCAGACCUGUUUGCGAAAGACGAGAAAUUUUUGAAGCGGAGCUUUUGUACGAUGUUUUAAUCUGCGGUUUUGUAAUUUCCUUAUAAUAAAUUCACAUACGAAUUUCACACGCUAACAAAAUGUGUUUUGUCAUCUACGUCUUCGAUUUAAAGCAUUUGGCCCGUCCGUGACGUAACCAUCGAAUAUGUUUCCGUGUUUUCGGUACAUGAGAUCUCGAGAAGACAAGCAAACAAUCGAAAUCUAACUUUUAAAGAGCUUGCUAGAAUCUUGUAAGAUUCCUAUAAGAUUCUUGCAAAAAUAUCUUAACAAUAUCGAGAAAAGAAAAUUUUGCAAGUUUUCAUAUUG